UUUUUUUUUAAAAUCCUUCCUCCUCUCUUUGUCUUUUCUUCCUUUCACUCUUCUUUUCCAAGCUCUUGCAUUUUUUUCUUCAAAACCCUAGAUUUGAAAUCUAGGGUUUUGUUUUUUGUUCUCUUCAUGCGCUUGGCUAUGCUGCAAGAACCGCGCUAGCUCUUUUUGUUGUUGAGAUUCUCUCUCUGUACUUUUAACUACUUUCAUUUCAUGCAUUUUUGUCUUCAUAAUAAGUUAAGUUCUGCCUCUUUGAGACUCAAAUGUACUACCUUUAACUGUAUUUUGUUUCUUAUUUAUGUGGGUUAAGUUUUAAUUUUUUUGUUGGCUUGUUAGAUUUUCUUCGUUUUUUAAGAAAAACCCCUGUAAAACCUUUGUUCUCUCUUGAAAUUGAGCAAAGUUUGUAUUUCUCAUGAUUUAGGGUUAAAAGGGUUUUUGUUUUCUUUCACUUGACUCAAAUUCGUUAGAAAUUAACGAAUCUGUUGUUGUUUUGGUAAGAUUUUCUCCGUUCAGAGAAAAAUCCUUUUAAUCCUUUGGGUGAAGUAACCUCUUGAGUCUGUACUUGGUGUGUCGAUUGAAAUUUUUUAAUUAAAUUAAAGAUUUUGGCAUAAGAGAUUUUAGAGUUUAGAGUCUCAUUUUCUGGGUAUUCAAAAAGGAAACUUUUAUUUCUUUGACAAUUUUUUUAGUAAAUGCAUGGAUGGAAGAGAAGCCAUGGUUGUGUCUGGUGGCUCAGCUCCCUAUUACAUACAACAUAGAGGAGUGGCCAGUGGGGCUCAGUCAGCACCACAAACUGUUAUAUUACAAACACCACAUGGCUUCAGACCCUCAUCAAGCCAUAACAUUUCAGCUCAACCAAAUAUGGGAUCAACAUUUUCGGUUGAGCCUAAACAUGCCAGUUUUGUUCAUAACAUGAGUGUGCCAUCUGGAGUGUCACUGAGUGAGCCUGUGAAGAAGAAGAGAGGUAGGCCCCGAAAGUAUGCUCCUGAUGGGCAGGUCUCUUUGGGGCUUUCGCCUUUGCCACCUAAGCCUAAGCCUUCUUCAGCGUCAGAUUCUCAGGCAUUUAAGAGGGGGCGAGGCCGCCCUCCUGGGACUGGGAGGAAGCAGCAGUUAGCAACUCUUGGUGACUGGAUGAACACUUCAGCAGGACUGGCUUUUGCACCACAUGUGAUCUCUGUUGGAGCUGGAGAGGACAUUGUAGCAAAAGUAUUAUCUUUUUCACAGCAGAGGCCAAGGGCUGUGUGCAUCUUGUCUGGGAGUGGUACUGUAUCAUCAGUAACACUACGCCAGCCUGCAUCUUCAGAGCGAAAUGGGACUUAUGAGGGCCGUUUCGAGAUAUUAUGCUUGUCAGGUUCAUAUUUAAUUGCUGAAGAUGGUGGUCCUCGGAAUCGAACUGGUGGUGUAAGUGCUUCCCUUUCUAGUCCUGAUGGUCAUGUGUUUGGUGGUGGAGUUGCAGUGCUUAUUGCUGCCAGCAUUGUUCAGGUAAUUUAA